AUGCUUAAGUGGGUACAAGGAGGAUUAUCAGCUGUAGCAGGUACAACAGAACCCGAGUAUGGUCCCGAGGCCAUUCACCCUGUCACCAAGAGAAUUAAGGACCCCCAACAAGUUUCACGCCAGACUACCCCCGAGGAUUUCAAAUGGCAAUUGCUCUCGUACACAAAUGUUGAGACAUUGACCAUGUACUUUACGGACCUUAGCACCAAGUCCAAGGGUUUCGUCCAGAUUAUAUAUUCACUUAUCAUGGGUGUUGUAAACACUGCACACUUUAACUUACGAUGUAACGGCAAAUGGUAUUCUUUGCCAUUACAGGAUUACAAAAUCGAAGGUAACAAUGUCACGGCAAAGAACUUUUCGUUGAAGCUUGGUGAAGAUGGCGUGCUGUACCAACUCAAGAGUGCCAUGGGCUCAACAAUGGUUGACUUGACUUUUAAACAAGUUUCACCAGGUGUUAUUUUUGGCGAAGAUGGUACUACUUUAUAUGGAACUGAUGCCGAGAACCCAUGGGGUAAGAUGCGUCAUUGUUUCUGGCCACGUUGUACUGUUGAAGGUGCCAUUGUCAAUAAUGAUUUGGGCAAGGUUGACAUUUCACUGCAAAAUGGAUUGGGAAUGGUUGUUAUGGCCUUGCAAGGUAUGAAACCACACCAUGCCGCAUCGUCAUGGAACUUUUUGAAUUACCAAGGUGAUGAGUAUUCAGCGGUUGUAAUGGAAUUCACCACUCCCAAGUCUUAUGCAAAGACAAGAGUCAAUGUCGGCAUCUUAGUUAAGGGCGAUAAGAUUAUCUCGACUUCCAUCGAUAAUGAUGUGGUUCAUGAAAACCCAAAAACUAACGAUAUUUGGCCAGUACCACAAAAGAUUACCUUCCAAGACCCUAAAAAUGGAUGGAAAUUAACUGGAAACUUGGACCAUCUUGUUGAGAGAGUUGACGUCAUGGCUGAAAUUCCUCAAUUUGUCAAGAACUUGGUAUCUAAUAUCUCGGGAGCAAAACCAUACAUAUACCAGUAUAUGGAAGAUUUUGAGUUGGAAUAUGAGGGAGAAAAGGAAAAAGGUCCAGGUUAUUGUGAGGUUACCUUUAUUAGCGAGUAA